AUGUCUCACGAAAGCGUCUGGAACUCGCGCCCGCGAAACUACGGCAAGGGCUCUCGCCAAUGCCGCGUCUGCAAGCACAAGGCUGGUCUGAUCCGCAAGUACGACCUCGACCUGUGCCGUCAAUGCUUCCGUGAGAAGGCCAAGGACAUUGGUUUCCACAAGUACCGAUAA